ACCACGUCAGAAGGCGAAAAACGCCAAUCGACUGUAUACUGUUCCACGCAUAUCAUUUAUACGGCAGUUAUUUAGCAGAAAAAGAGGCAACAAUAGAAAACUAUCGACGACUAUCACGGAAUUUUUUUUUCGGAACAGUGCUUUUCCUGGGAAUAGUUAAUUUUGCAAGAUGUCUCACCGCAACCGUCAACAGCACCAUAAAAACAGUGCUCAAUCAGCGAAUCCAUGGCAAAAGACCAGUGCCGGCGGAGAUGAUGCGGUGAUAAGCAGCUCCAACCAGAAGCAUCAUCGGGCGACCAGCGGUAAGAAACCGUCGGUGGCAGAACCAAGUGGCAAUGAUAGUUUCGUUAAGAAAUCGGAGGAAAAAUUCCACCAGGCCCACCGAAAGCACGUCGAGUCGGCCAAGAAGUACACCCAGCAGUAUGAAUCGAGCGAGGAUGAGGACGAGGGGGGCUCUUCAUCGCAGGAAAUUCUGGGCAGUGUAUUGAAGAAUUACGCCGGCGCUGGAAUGGACAUUGGCAAGACUCAGGAAUAUCUGCAGAAUCUACUGGAAUCGCGUUCGGCCGUGUGUUUGAUUUGUAUCGGGACGGUGAAGCGGGCGGAUUCGAUUUGGUCUUGCCAGACCUGUUUUACAUUUUUCCAUUUGCUGUGCAUUCAGCGGUGGGCCAACGAUAGUAUAUCGUUGAAGCGGAUGAGCCAUGAGCAGCAAGAGGGAUACUACAACAAUAUGGGAGAGUAUGUCCCGAAGCCGGCUCUUUCUGUACAUUGGGAUUGCCCAAAGUGCCGCAAGGAGUACGAAAAGGUAGAUAUACCGAGGCACUACGAUUGUUUCUGUGGAAAGGAACAGAAUCCGCAGAAUCAUCUCUGGUUGAUUCCGCACUCGUGUGGAGAAACCUGCCGGAAGCGACUGGUACCAGAUUGUGGUCAUAGUUGUGUGCUCCUGUGCCAUCCGGGGCCGUGCCCACCGUGUCCGCAAACGAUUUCAGUCUCGUGCAAGUGCGGCCAAUCGGCUCAGAAGACAAUUCGGUGCUCGCAGCGAAGCUGGACCUGCCUAAAAUCGUGCAAGCAGAAGCGAAACUGUGGUAUUCACGAGUGCGGAGCAGUGUGCCACUCGAUCGACGAGUGUCCACCGUGCAAAAGUCGGAGCAAGCAAAAGUGCCUCUGCGGGGCAAAAACCAAAGAAGUCAACUGUUACGAGUCCCGUUGGCAGUGUGGUAAAGUUUGUGGAAAUCCGUAUGCUUGUGGAUUGCAUCGGUGCGAGAAAGUUUGCCACGAGGGUGAUUGCGGUGAAUGCCCGAUGGGAAUGCCGAGGACUUGUCCUUGCGGUAAGACCAGCUCGGUUGCGGCCUGUUCUGAGGAAAUUGGAACGUGUGGCGAUACAUGCCAGAAGUUUCUGGAAUGCCAAGAACAUCGAUGCAGCGAGCGGUGCCACCCGGGCAAGUGUGGCCAGUGUAUGGAACUGAUGAAGAAGCCGUGUAGAUGUGGAAACAUGAUCAAGGAGGUGGCCUGCCACAAGCAGCUGGUUUGCGAGACUAAGUGUAAAAACGUUAAGAGCUGCAAUAAACAUCCCUGUAACAGGAAGUGCUGCGAUGGGCAGUGCCCCCCAUGUGACAAGCUAUGCGGAAAAACGCUGACAUGUGGGAAGCACAAGUGUUCCUCAUUGUGUCAUCACGGACCGUGCUAUCCGUGCAAUCAGAAGGCGACGGUCAAGUGCAGAUGCAAUGGAACAAUGCUGGAAGUUCCCUGUGGCCGUGAGAAAAAAGUAGGCUCUGUCAAGUGUCGCUUACCGUGCCGCAUCCCGUCUAAAUGUCACCACACGAAUCCUCACCACUGCCACCAGGGCGACUGUCCGGCUUGUCAGCAGGUUUGCGGUCUGAAAAAUGACACUACCAAUUGUGAGCAUCCUUGUGGGGCCAAGUGCCACGAUGCGGUAAGAGUUGUAACGAAAGAUAAGAACUUCAAACCCGUAGGACCGUGGGAUGUUCCGUUGGAAAUUGUCGAAAUCAAACGACUUCCCCAUCCACAGUGUGAGGUAAAAGUUUCGGUUACAUGCAUCGGAGGUCACGAAACGGCUCUUUGGGCGUGCUACCUCUCUAAACCGACAUCUUGUGGACGAGAGUGUGGUCGUGCUCUGAAAUGUGGAGUACACACCUGCCCAAAGCAAUGCCAUGUGGUGAAAAAUCUAAACUCAACUCAAGAGGAACCAAAGUGUCAAUCCUGUACGGCUGGAUGUACAAUUCCGAGACCUAAAGGAUGCACUCAUCCUUGCAAGAAACCCUGCCAUCCGCCACCAUGCAAUCCGUGUCGGGCUCCCACCAAAACGGCUUGCCAUUGCGGUUUGACGCAGAUUUUCUACAAAUGUCACGAAUUCUACAGCGACGACAAGACUGAGGAUGAACUGAACCUUUACAGGGAAAAAAUACUCAGCUGCGGUCAGAAGUGUAUUAAGAACUUUCCAUGUGGUCACCGUUGCAACUCCACGUGUCACUCGAGCGACUGUCCAAAUCCGGAAGCUUGCAGCAAAAAAGUUAAAAUAACCUGCGACUGUCGAACGCGCAGAAUGGAAGUCAACUGUAGCGUAGCCCGAAGCAAAUCCAAAGCUCUGGAAUGUGACGAAGGCUGCGAAAAAGUGAAACAAAGUCGAACUCGCCAGCUGACGGAGAGGGAACGUCUCCAAAAGGAACAGGAAGAAGCAGAGAACCAACGUGCUCUGGAAGAGUACGAGAAAAAGUUUGGCCCCAAAAAGUACCGGGAACGCAAACGGAUCCAGGUGGAGGAAACCAAAGAAACGAAUUACUUGCUCUAUGUACUACUGUCUGUGGGAUUUCUCGUGCUUGCCAUGGCUGUCUAUUUCAUUUUAGCUAACUAGUUUUAUUUGUUAUCGAGGUAGGUUGUAGUUACCUAUUUAACUUUUUUGCUUUCCUUCGUUGAUUUUUUGUCCUUGCGAACUAAAUCGUAGACAUCGAAACGAAUGUCAUAGUCGAUGUGAAUUGAUCGGAACACCAUUAGCGCUACGAAGCAAAUAAGAGAUAGUACCAAAACGUA